UAUUAUUAUAAAAGACUAACAUGCAAAAGGCUAACACUACUCCUUUCACUAUCUCUGUUGUGAACUGGUGGUACAGAGAAUGGUGGCGUGUUCUUUAACACACUAAAACAUGUGAUAAACACAGAGAUGAAUAGGUGUACUGGCAACAACUUUAUUCUGACAGGGAUUAUAGACAGUACUCCAUUCAGAGAGAGAUUCGGAUGAACAGAGACUCCACUGAACUACAUCAGGUACAAGAGGUCUGUUAUGUCAUGGACAAGAAGGUGCUGGUCCUGUUUCUCUCUGGGCUCUACACUCUCUCCUCAUGCCUUGCUCAUGAGUAUCACUUUGUGAACAUGAAUAAGACCUGGACUGAAGCACAGAGAUUCUGCAGAGAGAAGUACACUGACCUGGCUACCAUAGAAAACAUGGAGGAUAUGAAGAGGCUGAUCAACACUGUAGACAGUGGUUAUAAUGGAUCAGCCUGGAUAGGGCUGCAGAAGGGAGAGUGGCAGUGGUCUCUGGCAGACAGAGAUUACAGUCAGGGAUAUGUCAACUGGGAAGCGACCGAACCCAAUAAUGCCGGAGGGAAGGAGGACUGUGUAUUUAUGAGACGCAGUGGUCAAUGGAAUGAUGCCCCGUGUAACUUUCAACAUUUCUUCAUCUGCAAUGGCAUGAACAAUUCUAAGGAGUCUUUCCAUUUCAUUAAUGAGGCUAAAACGUGGCACGAGGCGCAGAGUUACUGCAGGAAGUACUACACAGACCUGGCCAGUGUGAGGAACCAGACUCAGAACCAUGAGGUAGUGACAGUGGCUGCUGCCAAUGAAGGGUGGAUCGGCCUGUUCAGAGACUCCUGGAAGUGGUCGGCCGGAAGUAACUCCUCAUUCACAUACUGGAUAAACGAAAAGCCCAACAAUUCCAAAGGAAAUCAGGACUGUGCCUCGACAAGGUUGAAUAACUUGGGAAGAUGGGAUGAUAUGCAGUGUUACAUAAACAGUCCCUUCAUUUGCUACGGUGCUCCAGUGAAGACACAGCAGGUGGUGAGAGUGAAGCUGACCCCAAAGGACCAGAACAUGGACCUGACUGAUCCUGCCAUUCAGGAGGCCAUCUUGCAGCAGUUUGUGUUCCAGAUAAGGAAAGAGCUGAGGGAGAAGGGGAUUUCUGAUGACGUCAAACUGAGAUGGAAGGAGCAGACCGAUGGAAAGAUCUUCCACAAGGAAGAAAAGAAGAAUUAAAGAGGAGAAACUCAACCGAUAUUAAGCUGGAACUGUAAAUACCAUUACAGUAGAGACUAUGGGGACUUUUCUGACCAACAUCCCAUUGACAGCCCGACUAAUCAAAACUCUGAAAACUAACCCUUACCGUGUCCCUAACGUUAACCAACCCCUAACCCUAACCUUAAGUAACCCCCUAACCCUGACCUUAACCCUAACCAACCCUCUAACCCUGACCUUUACCAAACCCCUAACCCUAACCUUAACCAACUCCCUAACCUUAACUAACCCCCUAACCCUGACCUUAAGUAACCCCCUAACCCUGACCUUAACCCUAACCAACUCUCUAACCCUGACCUUAACCAAACCCCUAACCCUAACCUUAACCAACCCCCUAACCCUAACCUUAACUAACCCCCUAACCCUGACCUUAACCCUAACCAACCCUCUAACCCUGACCUUAACCAAACCCCUAACCCUAACCUUAUCCAACUCCCUAACCCUGACCUUAACCCUAACCUUAACCAAUCCCUUAACCCUAACCUUAACCUCAGUUUAACCAAUGCAGAAAUUAAAUAUAGUCGUUCAAGUACCCUUCGUUUCUCCCAACUUUUAUAUAUUAAAAUAAAAACGUAUAUUCUUUGAAUCCUGUUCUUUAUACUCAGUAGCCAACAACCGUUACAUAUUAAUACUGUCAAAUUGCAUCUGGAUUGUUUUCACACUUAUUGUUCAAACUAUAAUUCCAAGAAAUAUCUAAACGUUUCAGCUUUCUUGUUAUUGAUUCAAUCUAUUUCUUUUUCUUGUUGUUUCUAACUGUAAACAACUACUGUACCUUAACAUGAAAGAGUGAGUUUGAAUUUACAUUGUCGGUUAAAGGGGAAAUAGCUGUAUCUCUGUUUUUUUCAGGUAGGUUUAACAUAACAGUCCCCACAGGGAGAAUAUGUAAAUGGUUGAUUUUAAAUCUAAUUUGUUGAUCAGUUGAUUGAUUGAUUGCUUUAUUAUGUGAUUGAUUAUGUAUUGAAUAAUUAUGGGAUUUUAAUAUGUUUUACAGCAUUAAAGAUUAUUUCAUUGAUAAGGUU